AUGGUUUUUGGACAAGAUAACAUUGAAACAGAGAUAAAUAUUGCAAAUCAAACAGUGAUUUCAGUAAUAUAUGGUAAUAAUUUUAGAUCAUUUGAACAUCGUAUUUAUAUCAAUUUUGAGCAUAUUGAAAAAAUUCAUGGAAGUUAUGUUUUUACCAAUAAGGUCGAAAAUGAAAAAAUGCAAUUUUUGGAUAUACUUAAAUCAAAAACAGGCAGUGCAAUUCAGAUCAAUCAUAAUGAUAUAUUGAAUUCAUAUAGAAAACAAUUACAAGAUAUUACAAACCAAGAAA